UCUUCCCCUCGCCGCCCCUCCCCGCCCUCGCCCGCAAACCUAAACACUCCCGGCUGCUGGUGCACGUGAUCUCCCAGUAGUCGCUCUGGCAGAGAUGUUGCUCCUGGCCGCCGCUGGCCUCGUGGCCUUCGUGCUGCUCCUCUACAUGGUGUCGCCGCUCAUCAGCCCCAAGCCCCUCGCGCUGCCCGGCGCGCACGUAGUGGUCACAGGAGGUUCCAGCGGCAUUGGGAAGUGCAUUGCUAUUGAGUGCUACAAACAAGGAGCAUUUAUAACUCUGGUUGCACGAAACGAGGACAAGCUACUGCAGGCGAAGAAAGAAAUUGAAAAGCACUCUAUUAACGAUAAACAGGUGGUGCUGUGUAUCUCGGUUGAUGUGUCCCAAGACUAUAACCAAGUAGAGAAUGUCAUAAAGCAGGCACAGGAGAAACUGGGUCCUGUGGACAUGCUGGUCAACUGUGCGGGCACCUCUAUGUCAGGAAAGUUUGAAGAACUUGAAGUCAGUAGUUUUGAGAGAUUAAUGAGCAUAAAUUACCUGGGCAGCGUGUACCCCAGCAGGGCAGUGAUUACCACCAUGAAGGAGCGCCGGGUGGGCCGGAUCGUGUUCGUGUCCUCUCAGGCAGGGCAGCUGGGGCUGUUCGGCUUCACUGCCUACUCUUCAUCCAAGUUUGCCAUAAGAGGGUUGGCCGAAGCUCUGCAGAUGGAGGUGAAGCCUUACAACGUGUACGUCACUGUGGCCUACCCACCAGACACUGACACCCCGGGACUGGCAGAGGAAAACAAAACGAAGCCCCUGGAGACCCGGCUUAUCUCAGAGACCACAGCUGUUUGCAAACCAGAGCAGGUGGCCAAACAAAUUGUCAAAGAUGCCAUACAAGGAAACUUUAACAGUUCUAUCGGCUCAGAUGGGUACAUGCUAUCCUCCCUGACCUGUGGAAUGGCCCCUGUGACUUCCAUCACUGAAGGACUCCAGCAGGUGGUCACCAUGGGCCUUUUCCGAACGAUUGCUUUAUUUUACCUUGGAAGUUUUGAUAAUAUAAUUCGCCGCUGCAUGGUCCAGAAAGCAAAACCUGAAGUUGUAGACAAAACUGCUUAAAUCUUGCCCCUUGGAUGAAAGACUGAAUCCAGCGAUUUGAACAGUGUGCUGCUAAUGGAACACAAGUUUUGGCCUCCACACUUUCGAGUCUUGUUUUUGAAUGUGUGAGAUUGGACCCCAUGCUCUUCAGAAAUCUGGCUGCAAGCAGAGGGACAUGAGGCCAUCUCUACAACGUUACUGUUAACACUAUGCAAAUAUGGACCAGGACACCUUUGAUUUUUCUGGGUUUUGGGGGUGAUAGUGUGAGAAUUAAUAACAGGAAAACAGGGUAAAGAAUAGCAUUCCAGAACGAUAAAUUCAGCUUUUCGGUUAUUCUCCCAUUCUGCCCAUAGAGAUCAAGAAGUGUACUUUGUGGCACGUAAGAAUUUCUGAGGCUUUCUUUUGAUUUUGGUUUUAAUUUUUCAUGAAAGAUGGUCUGGGUUUUUAUUAGUCGUUUUUUUUUUUUUUUUUUUUUUUUUUUUUUUUUUUUUUUUUUUUUUUUUUUUUUUUGUAAUUUUUUUUAGUGUAUGUUAUUCGAGGUGUGUUUUCCGGGUAGUCUGUGAGUCAGACUCACAGCACGUCUUGCUGUGCCUGGGACUCGCUUCUGCUUGUGAAGCUGGAUUCUCUCUCUUUGAUCCCAUAAAGUAGGAGGGGGACGAGAGAGCAGCACAGAGGAGGGCAGGGGAUGAGUCCUUCGUGACAGCAAACCAGCAAACGGGCCUUUCUUGGCUUCUUAGACUGAUGCUUGCAGCGUUUUCAUCUUUAUUCAAGGGGAGAGGCAGCCUCUUUAUGUGUUUUCUAAAGAGAAAUAAAAUGUCAUAGAAGCUUAAAAGUUUACAGUUUCUUCAGUAGCCAUGACCUGAAGUUCACAUUCCGUCUCAGCUCAGUUUCUAGUGCUGCUUAUCGAUCUUCCUAGUUUUGCUUAUGCUACUGUAAUAUUUUUGUAAAAGAAAGGAAGGAAGGAAAAAAAUGAUGGAGACCAGUACAAAUGUUUUUGACUUGACUUUUUUAAAUUAAUCCAUGAAUUCAUUAAAAUAAAAAGAUUAAAAGCAUGACAUUCUUACUCUGAGAGCAUACAAUGGAGCUUUAGGGAAGGCAGCUGGUUGUGUACUUCUCAGUCUUACUAUUCAAGUCAAUUUUGAAGAUGCUCAUUUUGGAAGUUGGGUGUUGAGCUGCUCUGUCUCCUACACGGACUCAGAGCAGUAUCUUCAGCAGGUAAGGAGCCCUCCGACAGCAGCCUAUGUGCAUGUGCGGCAGUCUGUGUGCAUGCACAAGACUGCUGCCCUGUGGCUGAACCUGCAACAAGUGCCUCUGGUGAGUCCUGCCUGUACCCCACUCCUCCUGUGUGUUGUUCCCCAGGCUCCAGGACAGUUUUCUAUGUCCUCAUGUCUUACCCCGUUUUCCUUGUAUACAAAAUACUGCAUUCCAGUUCAUUCCACCACUGGAAAAAGUAGUAGGAAAAUACCACUACUUUCAAAGAAAAAAACUUUACUGUUAAAAAAAAAAAAACAGAAGACAAAAAGCAAAACAAACAAAAAACCCAAUAAACAACAAAAGGGUUUGAAAUUUUAGAAAUUAUUGCCAUGGCAAACAUUUGCUUUUUGCUUUUAUUUUUUUCUUUCUUUCUUUUUUUUCUUUUUUAAAGAGGAGUUGUGCUGUGCUGCCUUUUGCCUCAGGCAUCUGAGUGCUGGCAGUACAGCUUUGCUUUACCGUGGCCAGUGAGCCAACCAGUCUUUGCUCUUGGAGUUUUUCAAGCUCUUGACUUUAUGGUGGCUUUGUUUUUAUUUAAUAAGAUGUUUAAUGGAUCCAUUUUCAUCAGAGUCUGAAAACAUUUUGAAUAUUGUUAUAGAUGAUAUUUUUUAUUAUAUGCGUUACUGUUUACAGGAGCAGGUGGACAAUGCCAAAAUGGUUCGAGCACCCCUUCAGUCCAAUCUAGCCAAAAUUUGCAACUUCUGUCAUAUUGAGCAGCUGCUGAGGUAGGAUAGUAGGGACCAGUCCCCAGUUCAGAGGAAACAACUAGACAGUUUCCAAUUUUCUUUUCUUUUAAGUGUUCCUAGACAGUUGGCACUUCCUACUCUUACCUGUUAAAAUCUAACCCCAGAUGGCUUCUGACACAGUACAAUUAACUUUUUUCAUUUUGCUAUUUUUCAAACAUUCCUGGGCCAGAGGAUGGGUAUGUAGAAAGCCUUGUUUCAUGGUGGGCGAUGCUGACCCUAACCCACUUUAAACUCAGGUUGGCAGAGACCAUGAUGCCAUGCCGUGAGCCUUUUUGCCCAAGGCCUCAGUACCCUGAUUCACAAAAGUCUGGAGUGAGCUUGAAGUUGAUAACGUAAUCCAGAGGAAGUUGGUGUGAGAAUACUGUUUUUAUCCAUGUCUCGUCAGCACAGUGUGCCUGUUUGUUUAAGUUUACCAGACUCCCUGCAAGCAUCUUGCCUAUCAGAAAGUCGGCAGAGGAACUCUUGAUAUUCCUACUUGGAAUGCAACAUUGAAGCAAUACCCCUGAAAGUCAAGAUUUCAUCCCAGAUGAGGUCGAAAACUACAGUUUUCUGCUUAGGAAAAGAAUGUGGGGCUGGGGGAGGUACCAUAGACAAGUCCCAUGUUGGGGAAAUUAUCAGAGAGUUGUACACUUCGCUAAGGCUGAGUUGGCGGCUGACGGGCGCUAAGGCUUACAGUUCCCUUAUACCAUUUCCUCUGUGUGACCAAGGGCUUCUGGGGUUUGAGUUCUGAAUGCCUGCUCUGAUAGUCAGGUUGUAUUAUUUUAUUUUUAUAUAUCCCUGUAUUCAUUUGAAAAUUAACAUUCUGCUAUAUAAAUUUAAGGACUCUUCAUAACUGAGAAAGAAUAGGCGGCUAUCAUUUAUUUAUUAAAAAGAAAAAGAUAACGGUCACAGACUGGGGAAGUAUUUCAUUGGGGAAUGCUCGCCUAGCAUGCUUGGGACCCUGGAUUUGAUUCCUUACCCCAGUCCAAAAACAUUCUUUAUUAAAAUUGUUCUAUAGUUUUAAAUUUUAGUAAUUUAUACAGUCAACAUUUAGAAUGUUGUUGUGGUCUCUUUCUGUAUAAUUUAGUGGUAUGUACUUAUCUGGAUCUGUUAAAUCAUAUAUUGAUUCCUGAAAGCAGAACCUUUAAGGUGACUUUCUGUUAGAUGAUGAGAACUUUUCUAUACCAUUUGCUCCACUCAAAGAAUCCUAUGCAUUUGUCCUUGUAGAAGGCUGUACCAUGAAUUAUGUUGCGGUAUUUAAGUUUAUUAUACUGUAUUCUGAUUGAAAUGUGUCUUCCUCAAGACCACAGUUAAUACUCAUACUUUUACUAGAA